ACCCGUCUUCAAACAACUCUGCUCCCCACAAAUACACUUCACUCGCCUUCGAACUCUCUACUCUCACACGGGCGAUAAUGGCGGAAUCACCGGCGCAGAGUGGUGCGGAGCUCGUUACUAAUCAAGCUCAUGGCCAGCAAGCUGAAUCCGAUCUGGCGUCUCUCGUAUUCGAUAUGUCACAGCAAGUUCAGAUGGGGAUGGAGAAUAUGCUUAAGUUGGUCAAUGAGAUUGAUCAAAACUCGGUUGGAAUAAAGGAAGAGAUCGAGAAAUCAAAGGAUUACGCAAUGGACAAGAAAAGGGUUCUAGAGGAAGAGAAAGAACAGUUUCAGAAAGCUGCUUACACUAUCCUUGACAUGCUGAGCAACCGAAGCUAGAUAUGCGUUCCUCAUGUCUCAUGUAGGAGGGGGGGGGGGGGGAUGCAUGAUGUUCUAGAGAAGAAAAACUUCAUCAGGUAAAGAAGUAUAUUACAAGAUGUCAAAUAAAAGACUCGCUGGAUUGGUUUUGUAGUUAACUUUGACGUUGCCAUUA